AUGUUCAGUCCGCACGGUUUGAAGCGAGUGCCUUGCGCUGCCAUUACCACCAAUAAAUGCGCGAAGGACGGCACCCAAGUUUGCUCGCAGUGUCAAUUGGUAUCGUAUUGUUCCGGAGCUUGCCAGCUCGCACACUGGAAGAAAGGGCAUCGCGACGUGUGCAAGAGCCCAUAUUUGAAAGUGAACUGGAUGCCGCAGUGGCUGGUAAAGCAGCGGGACCCCAGCUUCUUAGCGGAAGAAGGCCAAGACCCAAUCCAUGUUUCCUAUGGAAAACGAGCGCACUACAUCUGGGGCAACAUUCUCGCGUUGGACUGCUUGCGUGCUGAAGCGAAUGAAGGGUCAAUUACAGACAGGGACCUCACGCUAGGCUUUGUAGCCUCAGGAGAUCUCCGGCAUUUCAUACGUACCGUCAACGCCCUUCCUAGCGACUACUCUGGAACAUGCACGGUCCUUCUAAACGACCAAGAUCCCGUCAUCACCAGCCGAAACCUGAUGGCGCUCAUCUUCCUCGGGGGCCACCUCGCUGGCGACCUCGAGCGCGACAUCGAACUCGUAUUCCAUCUCCUUUACUCCGCCGCCGUGCCCGCGCGACACGCCACUGCCGUCUCCCUGAUGACGCAGCGAAUGUUCAUGAUGGCCUCCCGAGACCUCGGCCAUCUGCAGACGUACUCGUACCGCCACGACACCGAGGACGGCCGUGUUGGGUCUGUGCAGGCCGCGUUCCCCACGUCCGUUUUCGCGCACCUGGUCGCCAUGGGCACGUCGACGUACACCUGGUCUGAGGCGCAGAAGGCCAUGACCGAUACCACGCUCGCCCCAGAAAGGCUGGAUUACAGGGAGCGGCACUGGGGAGGGAUGUCGCCCGCCCACCGCAUGUCGUUCAUACGCUAUCGGUCGACAGGCGUCGUGCUGCCCUUCGGAGCUGACCUCUCAGCCUACACCGAACCCAAUCGCUUCAUGUUCACCAGCAAGGGAGAAUGGCUCACCACUGACUCUGCUUGCCCCCUGUACGGCUGGGACCCGCGCGACUGCGUGGCCACCGGCCGGAAGCACGGCUGCACCCCGGGGGACAUCUUCGGCUGCUUCUACUUCCACGUCAAGGACGAGCUGGCCGAAUUUGCGCGCCGUCUGCGCCGGUUCAACCUCGACGUCCGUAUCACGUCCAACGACGCGGGCGCGCUCGCGGGCGCGAUCAAGGCGCGGACCGACCCUUUCCUUGCCCCGUUCUGGCCGCCGCGCUUCGACCGGGUGGAGACAUCGAACAUGUCGGAUUACGAAGGCGUACCCCGCGUGCUCGAGUGGUGGGCGCCGCUGUUGAACCCCGCCAACCCGCAUGCUGCGGUGCUGAUGUACUCCAUGAACUGGAAAAUACCCAGGCAAAAGGAUCUGGAAGACGUCAUUCUCACCCAUCCUGCGUUACCACGUUGCCUUGAAGCCAAUGCGCGCGCAGAGGAAUUUGCGAGGAAGUACGUGAAGCGCUCAGAGGCAAAGAACCGCGGGUGGUGUUACUCCACCGGCAUGCCUGCCAGAUUCAAAUUCCGCGAGACGAUCAACGCCUUCUACGACAACGACCAGGACUUCGAGGGCCACCUCGCGUCGACAGGCUUCGGCUCAGUCGCCCGAGAGCUCGGCGUACGCAUACGCGAUGCGAACAGGGUAUUUCCGAAGAGGAUUAGCUUUGGCUUCGACGCGAACCCGGCGCAGCUGCCGCCGUUUGGAGACGAAGACAUUUACUUGCUUGGUCAGUUUCCUUCUUCCGUCCUCGGGGCUGCCGGUCGGCUCACCAGUACGAGCUUCUGCGAGCGGUUCUUUGAGUUUGAGGCCAUAAACCUCUCGGAUGCGUGUCUGGAACUCGAUUGA